UAGUCUUACAAACUGUCAAUCAAAAACAAAAACUAGACGGCCAGCCAACCAAAAUUUUACAAAAUUCCGGAUUUCAGGGCAAAUAGCCUAAAAACAACUAUUUUGCAAAGAAUAUCGGAGGACAUAAAUUGCUAUCAACGGUGGAGUAUCAUUUUAUGGCCAAAAUGGGAAAGCUCACCCCCGAGGAAGAGGCACGCAAUAAGAUGCUGAUGCGCGAACGUGAUCGGGAGCGAAAGCGCAUGAAACGGCUCAACCCCGAAUAUCGUCGCAUGGAACAGGAACGCGAUCGUGACCGGAAGAAGGCACGUCGUGCCAACGAAGCCUUCCGCCAGCUGGAGAAGUUGCGUGAUAAGAUACGUAAAGAACGCAAAAAGGGCAUAAUCAGCGAAGAGUCGCUGCAAGCUGAUUUUGUGAAUAUACCACCAGUGCCUGUAGAACCAGAGGUGAUCAUUUCAGAUACGCUGCCCAACGACAGCGGUACGCCGGCGCAAACUAUUAGUCGUCAACGCGCCAGUAUCUCCGUUGCUAGCCAAAAUGCGAAUCAUGCAUCGUCAUUGUCAAACAAUAGCCAUGCCAUCACCACCACCGCCGCCGCCGCCACGGCGGCGAUCAGUACAGCAAUAGCGUCAAGUGCCUCCGUGGCGAGUGCGAGCAUACACCAGCAAGCACCCGUGGCUCAUAUGGCACAACUGAAUAAAGGUAUACUCUAUCCACCACCGAAUUUUGCCCACCAUCCACUACCGAUUGCCGGUGUUACACUUAUGCCACAAUUGUGCCAUCCUAUCUUGCAUCAGAACCUAAGCGCUUCGCUGUAUCCAACCAAUGGCAUUAAGCAAGAGUAUCAUGCCAUCAAGCAGGAGUAUAAUGCGGAUGCAGCUGCCUCCUCGUCUCCGAUCACUGCAAGUGGCCAUGUGCCUGGCGCUCCGAGUUCGGGUAACGGCGAUGAACGAGAUAUUGCCAUAAUUGAACCAGAAAUCAUAUUACACACCUCAACCGACAUCAUAGCAGCGCCACAUCACUUCCAGAAUGCACACGCGCAUGCGCAUGCGCACGCUCAUCACUUGCAUCAGCAGCAGUGCAGCAUGUUCCAGCAUAUGGCGCCACAGGCACACAUGUCACAGAUGCGCACACACGCGCCUCUACUACCGCCAGCCACUCAUGCCCACCAACAGCAGCAGCAGCAACAGCAACAAAUGCAGCAACACUACGCGGCCAAUAAAGGUUCUUAAUGAAGACGAAAGCGGCAGCGCAGCGGUGUUACUUGACGCUGAAAAGCAAGCAAAGUUUUUCGAAUGCAAUCUUUUUAUAAAAUAUAAAUAUACUAUAUAUAUUUUUUACUUGCAAUUAGCAAUAGGACUUAGGUAUGUACGUGUUAAGUUCAACCCGGCGAUGCUGUUAGUCUGGGUUUCGAAAAUGGGGAUUUCACUUAAAUAUUCACAUAAAUCCAUAUUCACCACUAUUUUUUAUAAAGAAUUUUGAUUUCAUUAACUGGCAUAUAUGCAUCAAGAGAGAGAGAGAGAAGAGAAAUAAGAAGAAUGUUGAGAGUUGUGAGAAUCUUAGGAGUGAAGGUCAUAUACUCGUAUCGUAAUGUAAAAAUCGCUUUUAGUGCUUAAAAAACAUUUGAAUGCAAUAAGUGUCGCAUUUUUUAUUUUUAUUUGUCACUAGUUUUAUUUUUGAAGUGUAAUUUAUAAGAGCAUAGAUUAUGAAUAAACUGUAACCUAAAUGUGAGUAAAGCAUCAGCUUAAUAUUCCGAAUUUAUCCGAAAAUAAAUUUGUCUAAAUUAAAUACCGAAAGAGCUUUUUUGCAAUAUCUUAACAUUACUAAAAAUAAACGAAACGAUACUCAUUUAAAACAUCAUCAAAAA